AUGAGUGUUAAAUAUGGAGCCACGGAUGUAGACAGUAAAACAGAAGAGACCGACAAAGAGGCGACCACCGAAGUUGAGAUCAACUUGAGUGGGCCCUUCAAAAGAAAAUGGUGGUGGGUCAGUCAACACGUGCUUUUUGGGCUCGGCCAUGUCUACAACGACCUUUGUGCAGCCAUGUGGUUCUCCUACAUGAUGCUGUUCUUCCAAGCAGUGCUGGAGAUGAGAUCUGCAGUUGCUGGUGCUAUGCUACUUUUAGGUCAAGUCAUAGAUGCCCUGGCGACUCCAGUCGUUGGCAUAUUAGCUGAUAAAUUUGGAAGCUUGAAAUCCUGGCAUUUAACUGGUUGUGCCUUAGUAACGUGUACAUUUCCCCUACUCUUCGUACGAUGUUGGGGUUGCUGGUUGACGGAGGAUCCUGACUACCUAGACUGGUGGAUGCCAGUCUAUUACGGCGUGCUGAUCGUGGUCUUCCAAAUAGGAUGGGCUAUUGUCCAGAUAUCCCAUCUCGCAAUGAUACCAGCUAUAUCCGACAAUCUUCAAGUACGAGCUGAUUUGACGUCUAUCAGAUAUAUGGCGUCAGUGACCUCAAGUUUGGCUGUGUACCUAAUAACUUGGGUUGUGCUGAGGGCCAGCAACUACAGCACUUUUAUUGGACCAAUGGAUGACUAUAAAUUUAGGGGUGUAUCGCUGAUCAUCUCUGGCAUCGGAAUAGUGUCCUUCCUUCUAUUCCAAAUAUUCUUCAAAUUAAAACCUAAAAAGGAGGAAAAAGCGAAUGGCCACGCCGUGACCAAUGGCCAUAACGGCACAUCGGCUUCAGUGCAAAAUGAAGAGAGUGGUACUCUAGAAGUCGCCAAGUCGAAAAUUAUGUACUUUCUUCGUAUGCCGCUUUUGUACCAAACUAGCUUAUUAUAUGUGUUCUCCCGGUUAUACUGGGCUCUAAGUUUAGUCUACGUACCGUUGUUCCUAGAAGAACGCCUCGUCUUCAACCCUAGCGCCGGAUCGGAGCUAGUAGCCAGUGUACCUCUAGUCCUAUACAUAUCCUCAUUCUUCUUUUCAUUACUUCUCAAGAGUAAAAUCAAUCGAUUUGGAAAUCAGGUGGCCUAUCUAGUAGGAAGCUUGCUAAGCCUGUUAAGUUGCCUAUGGAUAGCGAUAGCCAUCGACCCACAUGCCAGUAUAGUACAAAUAUACAUGGUCGCUACUCUAAUUGGUGCUGGCAGUUCAAUAACCCUAGUAUCCAGUCUUUGUGUGACUGCUGACUUGAUCGGCCCGCACUCUCACCAGGGAGCCGCCAUUUAUUCCAUUGUCACUUUUGCUGACAAACUCGUGACGGGGAUAGCAGUAGUCGCCAUUGAAAAUUUCAAAUGCGACAAUGAGUUAAAUUGUCCACAAUACUACAGGGCAGUCUUAACAUAUGCUUGUGGUGGAAGUGCAGUCCUCGGCAUGUUAUCAUUAUCAUUCGUAAAAUUUAUGCCUGGACACAAAACUGAACAGGAUUUAUAAAAUUGUUAAAUAUAAGUAAUAUUACUAUUUAUUAGGUGCCUAUGAUUCAAUCUGUGUACAUAUUACAAAAUAUUGUAAAAUACUAAAGAUAUGUUUCCAGAUACAGUAACGGGAAUCUCAGUGGUUAAAAUAAAACUAAGUAGGUAUAUGAAAUAUGGGGGGCUUGCCACUGUCGGCCAAUUUACUGGUUUACUUGCAGUAUUCAUUAUCUAUUUAUUUAUUUAAAGAUUAUAAAAUAUGAUUGUGAUUGAAUCAUGAAGUUAAGUGAGUUUGCUAUUAAACCAGAAAAAAAUAUUUAUGUUGGUUUUAUUGGAUUUAUUUGAAACACUUCCAGGAAUGGAUCAAAAUUGUACUUAAAUGGGAAAGGCUGGACCUCAAAGUUAACUGCAACUUUAAGAUGUGGCCUCUUUCUUGUUGAUCUGGCUUUAUUAAACAACUGCAACUGUUUUUUUAAUGAUGUGGCAUCAAAUAAUGCUUCUAUAAAAAUACUGUUUAACUUAGUACAACAUUUAACUAAGUUGUCUGGAUCUGCAAUUUUAUUAUGAUCCCAUUGUUUUAGAUCAACUAAAUUAAUAUUUUCUAAAGUUUUACACUCACUGAGUGAAUCAAAUAUGGUUUUAAAAUCCAUUCCCUUAUCUACAAUACGUAAAUUUUUUAAGGAUUUGCUAGUUUUUAUAGCACGACAUAUAGCAUGGUAAUACCCUCGUGAUGCAAGAUUAGGACAUUCCACUGACAAAGUAGCUAAAUUAUAGAAAUUCUGGAACAAUAUUGAAAAGAAUUCAGAAUGAUAAUUUACAGCUCCACCACUUAUACUAAAAAAUGUUAUUUUCUGAAAAUAAUCAGCAUAUGUUGGUAGCAAUAUUGCAGACAAUGUUUGAAAUUUAAAAGCUAUACUAAGUUGGGCCUUGGAUUUAUGUAACAAUACAUGGUCAAAAUCUAGCACUACAGUGGGAACUAAUGUUUUCCUUCUUUUACCCUCCUUUGAAGAAGGUUCUCCCAUAUCAAUAAGACAUGGCGUUGGCUCUGUGAAGAUCCAGUCAUAAUUGGGUGGACAGAUUGCUUGACUUGGUUCCUUAUAAUAAAAAGGAAAGAAUGGCUUGACUCGUUUAUACAAUCUAUUAAAAAAUAUAUCAUCAAACUCUGUUGUUUCUCUUUUCCAUAUCAUUAAGGCAACAUUACCUACAAGAUUCCUGGUAUAAUCCGUAACUGUUUCUACUUUAACAUUAAAAUGUUUUGUGAAAAAUUCACAUAAUUUCGGUGAAGCACUAACAGAUACAUCAUGAAUAUGCACUGUAGAUAUUACAAAAAAUUCAUAAUCUUUCAAAUCUAAUGCUGCAAUAACAGGGAAAUUUCUGAGAAAGUCAUAUGUCCUUUUAGCUCUCCAAUCUACCAAGAAGAGUGCUAAAUGAUUGAAGCUUGGACCAACACAGGCUGUAAAUCUUUCUACAAGUGACGUGUUCAUGUGAUCAAACUCAACAGCACUCAGUUUUAUUGUAUCUAACUUUGCUUUCUCCAACAUAUAAGCAACUGUUCGAGAUAAUAAUAAAUUAGUUAAUGAUCCAACAAAAUGAACAUUUUCAAAGUGACUGAACAAAUCCUGAUACUCUGUUAAAGUCUUUUCAUCAAUUCGAAUAAUUGGAGACCUUCCAAACACAAAGUUUACAGUAACAUCCUUCAAACUGGGACACACUUUUACUAUUUCUAGUAAGUCGGGAAUAUUUAGAUUUGUGUAUGAAAUAUCCAAUGUCUUCAGGCGCUUUAAUCUUUUAAAAGCUGGCAAAAUUAAUUUUAUUGAGUUUAAGUCAGGAACACCUUGCAUGUUUAGCUCUAACAGGUUUGCUGAAAUUGUUUUGAAGAAAUUCCUUUUCAAUACAUUCACAGUAGCCAUUUUGUUCAUAGACAUACUGCAUUGUGAGAUCCCACAGUUAGAAAGUAGAUAUCUAAAAUACUGGCUAGUGUUAUACAAAUUCUGCUGAGCUGGGAGAUCUAGUAGUUUCACAAUCAUGAACAGUAUUUCUUCAGGAACAUCUGUUAUGUGUGCCAUUGUGGCCACAAAAAUAUGUGCAGCCGGACUUAAUGUCUUAGGGAUUAGGGGUCUAACUGUUGAC